AUGGAUGUAGAAUUUGAUUGGCUACCUAAAUUGGGCAAAAUUUUUAACACUGUGGAAGAGGCAUGGCAAUUUUGGAUUGAUUAUGGUGGGAGGAUGGGAUUUGGUGUCCGCAAGCAAUAUUCUAACAAAAAUGCAGAUGGAAAAAUUCUAAGUCUUAGAUUCGUCUGUACCAAAGAAGGUGUUCGUAAAUCAGACAAAAGAGAUUCUUUGACGGUCAUUCCUAGACUUGAAACAAGGACUAAUUGUGGUGUAAAAUUAGGAAUCAGAUAUAUUAAAGGCAUUGAAAAAUAUGAGAUUCAUGAUUUUUUCAGUGAGCAUAAUCAUCCUUUGCAUCUUUCACAUACAACUCACAUGUUAACAUGUCAACGGAAAAUAUCUCAGGUUCAAGCUCAAGAAAUUGAAAUGGCAGAUGACUCCGGAAUCACACAACGGGCUUCAUUUGAAUUGAUGAGUAGACAAGUUGGUGGAAGAGAAAAUAUUGGUUAUACACGUUUAGACCAAAAAAAUUAUCUUCGUACCAAAAGAAUGAAAAGCAUGGCAUACGGGGAGGCAGGCAGCUUGUUAGCAUAUUUUCAACAAGAAUCUCUAGAAAAUCCAUCAUUCAGUCAUGCUAUUCAAUUAGAUUUAGAAGAACAAAUAACGAAUAUUUUUUGGGCUGAUGCAAAAAUGAUCAUGGAUUAUGAAUAUUUUGGUGAUGUGGUUACUCUUGACACUACAUAUAGUACUAAUAAUGCUUGUAGGCCUUUGGCUGUAUUUGCAGGAUUUAAUCACUUUAGAGGGGUAGUGAUAUUUGGAGCUGCACUUCUUUAUGACGAGAGUUCAGAUUCAUUUGAAUGGCUGUUUAGAGUGUUUUUGAAGACACACAAAAACAAGAAGCCUCGAACUAUUUUCACAGAUCAAGCUGCUGCAAUGGCUAAUGGUUUGGCUAAGGUAAUGCCUGAAACAUAUCAUGCUUUAUGUUCUUGGCAUUUGAUGCAAAAUGGCAUAAAACAUCUUGGUAAUUUGAUGAAGAAUGGUUCUUAUUUUCUGCGAGACUUUAAAGCAUGUAUGUAUGAAUAUGUAGAUGAAACUAAUUUCAAAGAAGCAUGGGAUAAAUUAUUAGAUGACUAUGAUCUUAAGGAAAAUAAGUGGUUGAUGAACUUGUAUAAAUUAAAGGAGAAGUGGGCAAGAUGCUAUAUGAACAAUGCAUUUACUAUUGGCAUGCGGAGUACACAGCUUAGUGAAAGUUUGAAUGCAGAUCUCAAAAAUUGUAUGAAACCAAACCUAAACAUCAUUCAAUUUUUCAAUCACUUUGAAAGAGUUGUCAAUGAUAAGAGAUACAAUGAGCUACAAGGAGAAUUUCAAUCCAGACAGAAGUUACCCAGGUUGAAGAUGGUAAGUUCACCACUAUUGCAACAAGUUUCUGAAGUAUAUACCUUGCCAUUGUUUAAUCUUUUUCAAGAGGAGUAUGACAAAUAUUCUGCAGCUUGCAUAAGAGAAGUAAAUGAUAGAAGCUUUGUUUAUGAAUAUGUGGUUGCAUUGUGCAAUGAGAAUAAAGAGUUUAAAGUAACAUUUGAUCCUUCUUUGAGCUCAAUUUCAUGUAAUUGUAGAAAGUUUGAGACUUUUGGCAUUUUGUGUUGUCAUGCAAUCAAAGUUUUAGAUGUUAAAGAUAUUAAAUUACUGCCUGAACAGUAUAUUUUGAAGAGGUGGACAAGAGGAGCAAUGAGGAGAUUAGUAAAAGAUAUGCAUGGAAGAAUAGUUGAAGAAGAUACUUGUCUUACUAGCACACAAUGGUUUAAGCAAACCUGUCCUAAGUUAGUAAGAACAGUCACACAAGCCUCUGAUUGUAAAGAAGCACGUGUCUUUGUGGAAAAAGCUGUGGAGGAGUUAAGUAAAAAGGUUGAUGAUAUCUGCAAACUAAAUUUGGGAUUAGAAAUCAACGAUACUGAUUCUUCCCUCCCAAUUCAAUGUACAAACCUUCAACUCUUGGAAGUCAGAGGUUUGAAAAGAAGAAAUGGCGUGAGAAAUUUUAGAAGGCGUCCAAAAAGUUGGGUUGAAAAACAACCCAAAAAUAAGAAGAAUCAAUUUAGCAACACUUCACAACAACAAAAACAAGACAAGGUCAUUAAGCUUAAUGGUUCAAUAUCUCAAUUAGAUGAGCAUGGUUUUAAUAGGCUAUUAAUGAAUCUUGGAUGCAUACUAACAGAGCUUUUUAAUGCCAAAUAUGCCAAAUAUGCUUGGAUUACUAUUGAUUUUGGAAGAUAUUUGACUGAAUUAUUGAAAUAG